ACUUACUGUCAUACCCGCCGUCGCCCCCUCUGCUCAUUUACAACAAAAACAUCAACUCUGGAUAAGCUAGAGGCAACAUUUAUUGUGAAUUUUGUGUUAUAACAAUGAUUAUUUAAUGUUAUACUUUAUUUAUAAAUCAAUAUACAAUUUCGAACCAUGUCUGCAUAUUUCAACACACAAAAACAGCAGGGCUUCAAAGACUUUCUUCCCCAACAAAGUGGAAAAGGUCGUAUCUGUGGCAUUUCUUCAAUUUCAAGACAGUUAAUCAAAGCACAUUACGAUGGCUAUCAUCCGCGCAUGUCACGACAAUUGGCGACAGCUCUUAAAAGAUACAUCAAUACUAGACCGAAAUAUGAAAGAAGAACGGUACAGUUUAUUGAAGAAGUUAGGAGAAAAAUACUAUGCUUACAUGAGUAUAAUUUACAAAUUGCCAAGGUGAAAUUUAAAUAUCCAAGAUCAGAGCAAUUCGACGUUGUAUUAAUGCAGUAUAUAGAAUUAGAGUGUGGUCUUUUAUAUGAUACAUAUAGCGACGUUGAUAAGGAGCUUGAAAAUCAGGUUACCCAAAGAGUGUUACGGUUACUGCGAGUUAUAUUGCACGAUGCCCUUCAAAAUACCGAAAUCUCGUUAAAAAGAACCAUUCAAGCAUGUGAUAAAGCCCUUCUUAAACUUUUUGUAAACGUACGUGCCGACUUUGUAUCUGAAAAUAAACUCGUAGCCAGCACGAUUACGAAACUUUUACACAAGUUGAGUGUGCUUGAAGAUGUUAAUAAGCUGAAAGGAAAAAAUAUUGCUUUUCAAGAAGACACAUUUUUAAGAAAUCCGCUUGUAUGUUCAAUUAGGCAAAAUUUGGCCACCAGUGAUUAUGAGUCAGACGUGGAUGAAGAAGAUGACGAUGACUUGAUGCCAAUGUUCAGUGAAUCUCUCGGAAACUCUGCGCCGAGUCCACAAGGUCUUUUUUCACAUUUAGAAGAAAAGGUUAACGUCAUGCGGACGACCAACAACUUCGACAACUUGUUUACGUUUGGACCGAAAGAGAGUACAUUGUCUUCUUCAUUUUUCAUGCAAAAAAUGCAAAAAGACACUUCGUACUAUAAUAGCCAAAGGCUUAGAGAGAGUGAGAAAAACCUUAGAAACUCAGAGUAUUCUAUUGAUCAUCGCUCAACAGAAAAUAGGUUGUUUGGGAUGUCAGACAAAACGUUUCAAAAUCAAGCAAACAGUUUACGAGAAAACUCUGUAACACUAUUGCAUGCCGACGGUGAAGCCAACACACGAAGCAAAAAUAACCCUCUAGUGACAUCGAGUGACGCAUAUUUUUUACAACACCCACAUAUUAAUAAUCAACUCAAUAAACCCAACGUGCCAUCAAGUUUUUUUACAAAGCAAAGUAGUAAUAACGAUGAAAAUUUUUUUCAUCUGGGUGACGGUGUGACGUCGAAAGAGUCGACCAAACAAAGUCGUUUUUCAAAAAGUGAUAUUGAAAAAGAUUUUGCACAACUUAAUGGGAGCCAAGCUAGAAGCAAUGAAAAGAGUAUUGACAAUGAUGACAAUCUUUCCAGAGAAACGCACAAUGUAGAAAAAGUUGGGUCCUCUAUUAUGGUUGGAAAUGCCCAACGAAAACAGGAUGAAGUUGUUGCACCCAGUACUCAAGAAUUUGUACCAACUCAAACAUCACCUUCGCACGAUCGCUUUGACCCUACUGCCACUAAUACGCAUAGAGACGAGAAUCCCGUAAUUUCGCGAGCAGAAGAUUGUGAAAUAAUCGAGAUAGACGAAGAUUCUUCCGACGUGCAAACAUUUUCCAAGGACAUUGUAUGUAAUAUAAAGUCUGAAGUGCCUACUUUUUCAAGUGCCGGUGAUGAAUUUUGUGACGUAAAUGCUGCCUCUGAUAUUUUCACACUCAGUGCAGACCGUUUUCAAAACAAUUCGUUCAACAAUAAGUCGCAACCGACGGAAAGUGUAAACGGUGGCAUAAUAACAAUAGAAAUUCUCGAUGACGACGAAGAUGAUGAUUACAAUGGAAUGAAUUCACAUGUAGUCGGAGCUUCUUCGUAUAAUCUCCUACAAUCUAAUGAAAUCAAACAAGAAGAAAAUGAAGAAAAUCGUUCUCCGAAUUUUUCCAUUCCGAGUUCUGAUAAUGACGAUCAAAAUUUUUGGAGCUCGGGAAAAAGUGCGAGAAACUCCAGUUCAAAUGAAGUGAGUAAACUUGGGAAAGGAAAUAAAGAUUCCCCUAGAGACGCGGAUGCGUCAGCUGUUGUUGUUUCCGACUCUGAAGAUGAACUGCUGGUUCGUUCAUCAACUUGUAAUGAGGAAACAGAGGAAUCAGUCAAUAGAGAUACCUCUAGAGAUGAUGUUCACUUGGAACAUGAAACGAAUGAAGACGUGGGGGUAAAGCCUGUGUCAUCUGUAGAAAGAGAAGAAGAAGAAACGCUUAGUAAAGACCGAGUUACAGAAGAAUCAGACUUCUAUCAUCAUGAAGUAGAACAGGAACAAUUGGUAGAACCAAUUGGAACAGAAUCCGUAACGCUGGGUAAAACUGUCUACGAGAACGAAGUUUCAAAUGAAGGAAAUGUUGAAAGUGGCAACGAAACCUCCGUUCAAGAAGCAAAUGAAGAAGUUCAAGAAUACCAUUUGGCUGAAAUUAUUAAUGCAUCAGAAUGUUCUUUAGUCAAUAGUAGAAUAGAAGAAGAUAAUGCUUCUCAGUCUUCUGCUACAGAAGAACAUAUAACUGACGAGGCACAAUUAACAAUUGCCGUUAACAGUGAAAUAGUAUUUUCUGAAGUCGUAGCAGAAGAAAUAGAGAAUAGUAAUAAAGAAGAUCUAAGUUAUUUAGAGAAACCUACAAGCAUGGACGAAAACCAAAUCUUGAUCGCUGCAGCCCCAACUAUGCAAAUCGAAGAAAGGGAGGCAGACACAAUAGAAACUAAUGUAACGGUAGAGCCUACGAUCAGUGACCAUUUAGUGGUUAGUGAUGUAGAAUUGGAUAAAAGAAUAGAGUGCGAAUCUACAUCUACCAUUGAGCAUGUAUUUAAUGAAACAACCGAAAUAAUAGAAUUUCGAGAAUUUGAGAUGCAUGAACCAUUAGAAAUUGUCAAUUGUGAGACUUCAGUUGCAUCUGAAUCUUCUGUUGCUGUAGAAGUUGACCCACCACCAAUUUCUGAAAUGAAAGAAUCUCUUGAAAUAUUUGAAGCUCCCAAGAUAUGCGAGAAUGAAAUUACUCAUGCUUCAGAAAUUACGGUUCUACAAGAAUCCCAAGAGGACAGAUUAGAAAUUGAAAAUAUUCAAGAACAGGUAACCAUAGAUGAUGACAGAGAAAAUGUCUUUCCUGUUGGUGAAUCUAACGAAUCAGAAAUUUCUGUCACAGAUCAAGUACAGAUGGAAAUUAUCGAAAAAGAAGAAUUAAAUGUAAACUGUACAGUUGUAAGUGAGAACGAGACAGAGGAGUCAAGAAUUAGUAACUCUAAUCAAAAUCAAAUACACUUCAUUGAAAAAACAAAUUCCGAGGAAAUAUGUAAAUCUCCAGAAACCAUUCAUAGUGAAAUUACUUAUGCAGUAUCAGAAUCGGUAGUUGAAAUGGAAAGUGAUCAUAUUGUUGAAUUCAGUACGCUUGAGUUUUCUAAACCUGUUGAGAAUGAAGCAGUAACGUACCUUGAAGAAAAUAAUUGCACUUCAGAAGCACUCAUAUACGAGCCUGUAGUAGAAAAUAAUACUGAAUCAAUUCAAGAAGUACCAAAAUUAUCUGAACCUGAGGGCACUCUUUUAGCUAGUACUGAUUGCAAUAUUCAAGAAGAAGCUCUAAAUCCAGACCUAGGUUACUGUGUCAUAGAGAAAACAUACGAAAAUCAAGUAGAACCAGUUGAAACAAGUGUCGAUAGCACUGUUAAAGAAACAAAAGAAUCCUCUGCCUCUGAAAAUAUUGAGACUGUAGAAGAAGUAAAGCAAUCUUCAGUAACUGAAAGUACUGUAGAACAAAUCAAAGAAAACGUUGAGACUAUUGAAGAAAUAGAGGACUCUUCUAUCCCUGAAACUGUUGACACUGUAGACGAGAUCAAAGAGUCCCCUGUUGCUGAAAAUAUUGACGAUGUAGACAAAAUUAAGAAGUCUACUGUUAGUGAAAAUCUAAACUGCGUUCAAGAGUCUGGUGAACUACAAGAAAAUUUACAGUCAAAUGUAGUUCAAGAAAACGAGUGUAUACAAGAAGUGACAUACGAAGCUAUAGAUUAUUCUGUGAAUGCUCAAUAUCCACCACAACCUUCUGAUAACAUGACGUAUAUUAAUCAACCACCACACGAAGACAACCAUUAUCAACACGUACCGAUCUACAAUGUAGACCAACAGCAUCAAGGUCUAAUUAACCUACAAACAUCCAAUAACCAAUCAACUAUGCUCCCUACCCAGACUACGGAAACACCUCUUUCGCAAAAGGUAGAAGAUAAAAACCCUCACUUAUCGUUGUAUAGUCUCCCCCCCACUCUAACCGAAGUUGAGUAUAAUGAAUAUAACGUUGAGAAAAAAGUAGGAGGUGACUUAGAAUUACUGGCGAACAUCGCCGCUGAUCAAGAAACACUAGCAGUAAAAACUGAUAGUGAAAAAGAAGUUGUUGACACAGCAAGUGAGGCAGAGAGUCAUACAAAAUUAAAUUCCUUGCAAACUACACCCAGACGAAGAAAAUCGAAAGUCAAAUUCGAAAGUAAGAAGAAAACUCUUGCUAGAGAAACUUUACCGCGCGCUGUGAAAGGACCUCAACGAAGAAAUCUUCCAAAACAACCCAACGAAGAAACGGAAAAUAAACGGAUAACCCGAAACAUGGGUAUUAAAUCGAAAAUCGAGGUAAAUGUUUUGAAGGAAGUACUGAAGCAGUCAAGGACCAAUCGAAACGACGACUCUAAGUAUAAACCCCACGAUUUUAUUUCACUAGAGAAUUCGAUUUUACCUCCGCGGACAAACAACGUUUAUGCUCAAAAACGUCUAAUCGAAGCUAAUACUACAAGCGAAGACAGUAACGAUAGUUGCGAAAGUACUUUGUUUAUUGAUUUGGGAGAGAGUCAGAAGCACUCUGAGAAAGCAGUAAAGUCGAUAUUCGACGAAGAUACGAUAUAUGACUUAUUGGAAUUUAUCACCACUGAAGAUAAAACUACUGUUUGUAUUAGCAUACCCGAAAACGAUGAAAAUUGCACCACUGAUAGUUUUCACAUUUUGAAACAGAUGGAGGAUUUCGUUGAUAAUAAUAAAAAGGACAAUACUGAAAGUGUUCCAAAAGUGGAAGUAGACGUUGAGGAACCAAAUAAAGUGUCACCUCAAACACAUGAAGAGUCGAACCUGAAAGUUGACCAGGAUUCAAAAAAUGCAGCAGAAGACCCGAUUUUGGAAAAUUCGUUAUCCAAACAAAGUUCGGACGAGACGAAACUGGUGAAAACAACAGACCAUAGUAUUGAAAAUAUUUUGAACAAGGCACCAUGUAACAGCGAAGUAAAAGUCUCUUUACAUAGUUACCGCAGUGAAAUAGAGUUGCAAGAUGGUGUCGUUACGGUAUGUACUGUCGAAAAGGAACAGCCAUGCCAGAAACCGCUCAUUCAAUCGGAGGAAAAGAAUGGCAAGUCGAACGCUUUUAAAGUUAAAAAGGUCAGUCAAAAUAAUAAUAUUCCAGUAGAAGUCGCUGCACCUCAGUCUCGCAAACUCGACGACAAAAAAGCUAGCGAAAUUACAAAUACUAAAACGAAGAAACGUAAAAAAGAAACUCACAUUGAAGUAACACCACAGGACUUCACUAUUGACAAACCUGUUACAUGUUCAGCAAUAAAUGAUGAUACUAGCGAAAAAAUUUUCAAAACUAAAGCUGCCGUGAAGGCAUAUGAAGACAAAUUACAACCGAACGUGCCAAUAGUUUUACAAACCUUGGAAUUAAAAAAAGUAGAACCCCAGGAAGAGUAUGGAAUGCGCACCAGAUUACGUUCGAAGAGUACAGAGGUUCAAAAGUUUGCUCGUUUUGACAGAAGUCGGUCUUCAAGUGUAGACUUCAAUGCAUUGUCUACUUCUUCAGAAUCUUGUCACAACCACUCUACUGAUUCUUCUGGAUUUGACGAAUCACGUGAAUCUAAUGACAGUGUUGAAGUUGCUACUAGUACUAUUUCUGUCGUCAAUAAGCAAGUAACUACCAUUCUAGAACCUCAAGAAAAAAAUAGUUUAUCCAAUCAUGUUGACGAAAAGGAAAGUUCGCUAAGCAAGACAGAAAUAGCAAUUGAGGUUAACGCUCCAAUUGUUGUACCAAGCAUUUCGUUAGAACUUCCGCUUGAAAAAGACAACUUACCAGGUGACGACGCGCCUACAGUUCAGCCAAUUAUUCCGCCUUCAAAAGAAACAAAUGAAGAGCAAAAUGUCAUAAAUAAAGCGGAAUUAUUGGUUACUGACGUUACUUCUUGUGUUCACUCAGACAUCGCACCCAAGCCUGUAGAUGAUCAGGAAAAUUCACCCAAUAAAACUGAAUUGUUAGGCGGUGAUGACAUCUCUGUUCUUAAGUCAGGUCAUGCUGAAAAGGAAAGUUCAUCAAACGAGAUUGAAUUAACAGUUAGCAAUGAUGUGUCGGUUCUUACAUCAAGUAUUUCCUCAAAAGAACAUUUAUUAAGUCAGGUGGAAUUGCCAGUUGCAAAUGAUACUUUAAUACUUGACGAAAAGAAAAAUAUAUCAGGCAAGUUAGAUUCGGCAGUAAACAAAGUUUCGGUGGACACUGUCGAAAUAGAGAGCGUGGAAAAAAUACCUAAUGAGCCACAAAAUGAGAACCAUUCGAUUGGUAUUAAAAUGAAAGCUAGUGUUUCCUCGGUUGAAGCUGUAGGCGUCAAUGACCAUCCAGAAGUUCUUAGUGUUCCAUCGAUUGAAGAUGCGGGUGUCAAUGACCAUCCAGUAGUCUCUAGUGUUUCAUCGAUUGAAAAUGCGGCCGUCAAUGACCAUCCAGUAGUCGCUAGUGUUUCAUCGGUUGAAGAUGCGGGCGUCAAUGACCAUCGAGUAGUCGCUAGUGUUUCAUCGGUUGAAGAUGCGGGCGUCAAUGACCAUCCAGUAGUCGCUAGUGUUUCAUCGGUUGAAGAUGCGGGCGUCAAUGACCAUCCAGUAGUCGCUAGUGUUUCAUCGAUUGAAGAUGCGGGCGUCAAUGACCAUCCAGUAGCCGCUAGUGUUUCAUCGGUUGAAAAUGCAGCCGCCAAUGAUCAUCCAAUAAUUCCUAGUGUUUCAACGGUUGAAAAUGUGGAAGUCAAUGAUCAUCCAGUGGUCCCUAGUGUUUCAUUGAUUGAAAAUGCAGACGCCGAUGAUCACCCAGUAGUCCAUAGUGUUUCAUCGGUCGAAAAUGUAAGCGUUCCGCUUAAAGCUGACGAGGAUAAGUUGAUGCCAUCAAUCGGUAUUGUGGAAAUCACAGUUACCACAGAAUCUGAGCCUUCUGUUAAAGAUCAAGAAGUAACACAAGUAACAAAAGAUACUCGGCCAAACAAAAAAUCUACUGUGCCAGCGAAAAGUUUAACUCCGAAAAAAAAUAUAGACAGAAGUCCGCCCAAGUCGAAGACAUUGGAUGGAGUAAAGGGGCGAUCAUUAGAAAACACUAUCAAGAAAAUGAAAGAAAAAAUCCAGGAAUCGGAAAAGGCGAAGCAAGAGUUCUCAAUACAGAUACCAACGGUCAUCGGCAAUCUAGAUGUGGUUGAAAAAACUUCUGAGGAAAGUAGUUUGUCUCAGUCGAAUGAAAUACAAGAUUUAACAUCGAAAGAAAAGAUUUUUAAAAGUGAGGCGCUGGAGAGAUCGAAGAAGUCUGAACUAGUUUUGCCUUCUCAGGAUAUGGAAAAAACGAAUUCUUUACCAGAGAGUAAUCAACAAAAAACGGAUGAAAUACAAACGUCUAAAGAUAAAAGUGAUGUUGAAAAAAAAUCGCAAAAGAAGUCAACUUCUGAAGAGCCGAAGCAAAAGUCUUUAGAAAUAAGUAGAAACGACACGAAGAGAAAACGAAGCAGAUCUCGUUCUAAAUCCCGAAUGUUUGAUAAAAAAUCAGACUCUGGAACAGACAAACAAAGAUCUUCCCAUAAAUCAAGUCGCAGUAGAUCGUCAUCAAAACCACGAUCUUUGGACAAAAGGAGUAAGCAUCAUAGCGACAGCGAAACUGACAGAAAGCGACGCAGCAAAUCGAAAUCACUUGAUAAAGAUAAAAACCAGGAGGAUCCUAAUGGACACAAGAAAAGACGCAGCAGGUCGCCAUCAAAAUCCAAAACUUCAGAUGGAAAAUCAAAACACGGUUCAUCCGAAAGAACUUCUUCAAAACAUCGAAGUUCUGACUCAAAGGAGAGAUCAGGUCACAGUGAAGACAAGAAAGAUCACCAUAAGAAAAGAAGCAGUAAAUCACCGCCAAAAUCCAAACCACUCGAUAAUAAAGAGAAAAGAAAGAACGACGAAAAAGAAAAAAGUAAACCUAAAAACGACGAACCAAAGAGUAAAUCAGAGUUGAGUCGCUCUGAAAAUAAGAGUAAAGUAAAAACAAAUGAAACGAAUGAUAGGUUGAAAACAAACACGGGUGAAGUCGGUAAAGAAACGACGAAUACGAGUGAAACCAUCCACAAAGUCGAACAUAAGUCGAGCAAAAACAAACCUAAAACGCAAUCUAAAUCGCAAGAACGUAACUCGAAAAAAGUUGAUAAUGGUGUAAAAGUAGAAGAUAAGACCGAAAAGAGUAAGUCGCAAAAUUCGGUCAUAACUGGUGAUGGCGCCCAAAAAGUGAACGAAAAAGAUAAACACCGAGACGCCGAUCGCACAAAAUCGAAGGAAAAGGCUCAAGAAACACAGACUAAACCAGUGCACGAUGACAAGCAUGAUUCCCAGAAAAAAGAUGACCAUUCUAAAAAUUCCAAUAAAUCACGUCGCAGUCACUCUACAGAAAAAAUCAGUUCGCCGAUGCCUGAUGAGAAGCCCGAUGUCCAGAAAAAAGAUGAACAUUCUAAAAAUUCCGAUAAAUCGCGUCGGAGUCAUUCUAAAGAAAAAAUUAGUUCACCGGUACAGGAUGAGAAGUUCGAUUUCCAGAAAAAAGAUGACCAUUCUAAAAAUUCCGAUAAAUCGGGUCGCAGUCACUGUAAAGAAAAAAUCAGUUCACCGAUGCCUGAUGAGAAGCCCGAUGUCCAGAAAAAAGAUGAACAUUCUAAAAGUUCCGAUAAAUCGGGUCGCAGUCACUCUAAAGAAAAAAUCAGUUCACCGACGCCUGAUGAGAAGCCCGAAGUCCAGAAAAAAGAUGAACAUUCAAAAAAUUCCGAUAAAUCGCGUCGGAGUCAUUCUAAAGAAAAAAUUAGUUCACCGGUACAGGAUGAGAAGUUCGAUUUCCAGAAAAAAGAUGACCAUUCUAAAAAUUCCGAUAAAUCGGGUCGCAGCUAUUCUAAAGAAAAAAUCAGUUCACCGAUGCCUGAUGAGAAGCCCGAUGUCCAGAACAAAGAUGAACAUUCUAAAAAUUCCGAUAAAUCGCGUCGCAGUCACUCUAAAGAAAAAAUCAGUUCACCGACGCCUGAUGAGAAGCCCGAAGUCCAGAAAAAAGAUGAACAUUCUAAAAUUUCCGAUAAAUCACAUCGGAGUCAUUCUAAAGAAAAAAUUAGUUCACCGGUACAGGAUGAGAAGUUCGAUUUUCAGAAAAAAGAUGACCAUUCUAAAAAUUCCGAUAAAUCGGGUGGCAGCCAUUCUAAAGAGAAAAUUAGUUCACCAACACCUGAUGAGAAGCACGAUCCCCAGAAAAAGGAUGACCAUCCUAAAAAUUCUGAUAAAUCACGUCGCAGCCAUUCUAAAGAGAAAAUUAGUUCACGGACCGACAAACGGGACAAAGGUUCUCGAGAAAGGCACAAGGAAGACAAGAAAUCGUGUUCUGGGGAUACCAAGGAAUCUGAGAGUAAGCGCAAAGUAAAGGAAAACGAGAAAAUUGUGGCAGACGAACAUAAGCAGAAGAAUGAAGAGAGUGAAAAAAAAUCGACUAAUCAAAAUGAUCGUCUAGUCGUAGAUGACGGCAAAAGCAAGCAAGAAAUAACUGAUCCCAAUGCUACCAACGUUUUAAAUCAUGAGAAUGAGGCUUCCAUUGUGGACGACAGCAAACAGGAACAAGCGAAAGGUGGUGAAAUUGAAGUUACUUCUACUAUACCCAUCGACAAAGGUCCAACAAGAAUUGCGAUAGUUGAGAUUCCAAAAAAAAGAAAGUAUAAACUAUAUGAAGAAAACGGCAAUUUUGUGGUUCAAGAAAAAAGCCCCGAUGGUGCAUCAGAAGCGAAAAUUGCGAAAAAAGAUGAAAUUUUGGUAGUAAAGUCUGAAGUGGCUAUUGUUAUUGAAGAAAAGUCGACAGAACUUACCACACAUAAAACUGUAGUGGAAGUUGCACCUGCUUCAGGCGUUAACAUUGUGGAAGAAUCAAAAAUCCAUAUUGAAGAAAUUAGAAAAGCUUCGUCUCCAAAGAUAGUAGAAGAUAAAGCACCGUCUGAGCCUCUGAAAAAUUCUUUAGAUAUUUCAACAACAGAUAUUUCGUAUGAAAGUUUUGCUAGUGGGAUUAAAACUAAUUCAGUUGCCAUGCAAUUGGAAGAUGGCAAAACAAGCACAGUUCCACUAACAGAAAGAAAAGAAGACAAAGACGAUACUUCAAGUGUUCCCAAAACUCCUGAAGAAAUACUUACCAAGGAUUUGCCUCCUCUUCUACACACCAAAGAAAAAGAUUCAGUUCAAAGUGUUGACGAACCUGUUGCAGACAUACCUAAAGUUAUCCCAGCUGUUGUACCACCUGUGGAUACAAACUCUUUGGAAGUGCAGGGUGUUAAUGAACCUCUUGCUGAAGUACCAGCACUUGACAAAGAUUUGCCUGGCGUCACUUCCACUGAAGAAAUAAUUUCCAGUGAAGUGCAAAUUUGCGCCAAUAAAACAGAAGAAAUCGAUUUAUCACAACUACAGCAUAAAGAGAAGCCUCAGUGUCCAUCCCCUGUCAAGCUUCUUUUACAAAAUGAGGUCCCAUUACCUGUUGCUGAGCCUGUACUCGUCAAUCCUGUCUUCAGCUCGUCACAGAGCAUUGACGUACGGGCUUUAACAACGCCAAUAAACUCAACUGUCAAACAUCUACCCAGACCAGAAGCCCAUUUAUGUCUCAUAUCUAGUGUAUCGUCAUCGGUGUCAACAGAUUGUAUUACGACUACAGCAGUUUCCAUGUCGUGUGGGGUAGUAGCAGCGUCAGCUUUACAUACUGCUUCAGCCAACAGUGUACAACAGAAAACUUGUUUGUUUUCUUUUAACGAAGAUGCAGAGACAGUUAACCGAGAAAAUUUAAACAGUACUGAUAUCUUUCAUACACCUAUUGAGUUGGAUGAUAUUUCGCCGACCAAACUACCUUUAGCUAGUAAUCAGUCGUUGGACUUUAUUUCACCAUCUACAUCUAUUGCAGAAAUAAGCAAUUCAAUGAAUUUAGUUCAGACUUUGGGAUCGUCCACGGUUAAUUUUAUUCCGGAUACGUCGGAAAUUGAUAUUCAGCAAGCAACUAAACCGAAUUCGUUUGGUCCAAACUUUGUGACCCGAGUUACAGAAAUUAGUUGCUUUGUGGAUAAAGAAUCAACUGCAGAUCAUAAUUAUACAUUAGGAGAUCCGUUGCUGGGUGGUAACAACGAAGAUAAGAAUAUCCUUACAACUGGAUUAUCUUUAAGUAACUCUCCAGAAGAGUUUCAACUGAAUGAGAGUCACUUGGACGAUCUUUCCUUUAACGAGAAUAAUUUUAUUGAGGAAAAUGGUACUUUGGAAGAGUUAGCUUUGUUUUUACCCUGCAAGAAAGAAAAACCUGAUUUUGUUUGCGAUCCUAUAAUCGAUGAACCUAUACCAAAGCCGGAAGAUAUACAGAAUAGUAUAAAACGUUUGAAUAUGUUGGUGGAUAUUUCGCAAAGUGGCCAGCAGAAGGUGAUUUCUGUAGAUAAUACAAUAGAACAUAUUAGCCCAACAGAUUGUACUGUUGGUCUUGGUAUUGAUUACGCUGUUAACAAGUUGCUAUUUUUGGGGGGUGGUGAGGUAACGUCACAGAACAGUACCUUUUCGACUAUACCAGAUCUUGACAAUAUGGCCAUAAUGGAAUCUAGUGUUCUUCCAAAACAAACUUUGGAAGAUCCACCUGUUGACACUAGCAGUGACGAACCAAAUAUUCUGGUACCUGUUUGUAGUCAUUACUCCACUUUUCUACCAGGUGAAAAUCAAAAAGUUGUAGUGGAACCUGUAGAGCAAUAUUCUAUAACAUCAGUCGAUCAAUUAAAGAAAGAAUAUAUGAAUGACACAUGCAAAACUGAAGAAAAAGUUAAACCUGUGGUUAAACCAGACCGAGAAACACCUGUUAAAACUCAACCAACGUUCAGACCUAGUAAAUUUGCUACAUUCCUAGAAUCGUUAAAAAAGGGCGCGAAUAAAACCGAGAAUACUAAAGUUAAAGAUGAUAUGGAAAACUACACCGUCCGAAGACACAACAGAACACCGGUGUAUCCACCAAAGCAGAAAUCUAUUUUACAGCACCAACGUACGUUGACAAAACCUCAUUCUAAAAAGAAUGAGGUUUUGUCUAAAAAGAAUGAGGUUUUGUCGUUCGAAACCAAUACAAGCAAAUCACAGACUCCAUCCGAACCUGGAAUAGAAAGCAGAAUAAGAGUUAAAACAGACUUGAUUAAAACUGCAGAAGUAAAAGAGCAAGUGAACAAUGAGUCUCUUUCGUCUUUGGAAUAUAUAAACGAACAUGAUCAUGAUAUUGCCAGCGAAGUUGUUUUACCCUUUAGUAAACCUUCACCCUCUACGCAUAAAACCGAAAGUCAAGAGAAAAAACCAGAAACGUCUUCCAAAGUAGAGACUGGCACUACUAAACAUGCUCGUUUCGAUAAAAUGGGAAAAGAUUACAUCAUGGAGAACAUUUUAAAUGUUCCAACGGAAUCGUUGCACAAAAGCCCGGUUGCAGAUGUAAAAGCGCCAGAUAAAAAUGCAAAAAAGGUGGAGAGCGUGGAGGUUAACAGAAAACGGAAGUUACCACCGAACGAUGAAAUCAAACGAGAUGAUAAACGCCCGAGAAAAGCAGAGGAUGAUGUGAAAGCACAUCCCAAAAAAACAGUUUUGACUGCUUCUGGUGAAAAACCAACGAGUGACGAUAUAUUUGAUAAGUUGUUGCGGGAAGGUCCUGUAAAUAAAGUUUUUGCUCAGAGAAUGACAGAGCAAACCACCAAAAAGGAAAUUCAACCUAAUUCCUCUGUGGAACAAUUGAAGAACAGAGGGUACUCUACAGUCGCAGAUCCCAGUAGAAAAGAGCGAACUUCUCAACCGCAGUCUACCUCACUUGUGCACGAAUCCGCACGGUAUAAAGACGUCAGAUACCAGAAGAAGCCUGGAUACCAUACAAGUAGUGGUAGCAAUCCCCAGUUAGAUAGAAGAUAUCCAGACAAAAGGCACAUUGCAGUAGUUGAUACAUCACCAAAAAGACACGUGCGAAGCUACCCAAAUUCGUAUAGCUCGAAGAGUGAUCCUUGUACCACACGUGAUUACAAAACGCGAGAUAGAAGAAUGAGUACUGAGCAUAAUCCUUUCCCUAAUUCAAGUAGAUCGGAACUGCGACGCGAUGACGAUGAAUUUUCUUGGAUUGAUAAGUUUAGUGGUAGUGGGUUAUUUGAUACACCGUCAGGCUUAUUUAUGCCUCCGGGUAAGGAGUAAACGGCAAGAUGCAUCAUCACGAAAAUAAAGAAAACAAUUUUUACUGUGGUUUUAGCCUUUCAUUACGUAAUUUUGAAUAUAUUGAGGAAAUAUUUCUUUAUACAUAUACCUACAUAUAUUUCAUUGUACCUAUAGUUUAAUUUUUUUACAUUGUUAUUUCAUGUAGUUUUAUUAUGAGUCUAAUUUAUAUUUAUUUGUACCUUACAAUUUUAGUGCAAAUACGAUUAAGUAAAUGUUAUUUAACUGAACCUGUUGAAAAUAAAGAGUGAAAUUAAAAAUUA